AUGCCAGCGACGGGAGCAGCGCAGAGGAAGGGGCCCACGUCAGCUGGGCGUGUGCUGGCACUGGCUGCGGCCGGAGGCACGGCCACGACGCUGGCGCUCUUGUACCUGUGGGUGCAACAGAGAAAGAGGAAAGCCCGCGACUACCAGCAGCGCGUCAAGACCGCAGCAGCCUUCAGGCGCCACAUCCAUCACAAGCACCACCACCGCAGCAGCAAGCGCAAGGGCAAGAAGCGCUCACAACAGAACAAGCACAACAAGAAGAAGACAUACGCCAGCGUCGCCAGUGGCGACGAGGCUGAAGACGACGAAGACACAGAGGGUCAGGAGAAAGGGAAGAGAGGAGGAGACGCAGCAGCAUCAUCAUCUUCGCAGAAAGGCGACGAUGAUGGUGAUGAUGGUGAUGAUGAUGAUGAUGACAAAGAAGAAGAAGGCCCGCGCAUCGCCGUGCUGGGCGCAGGCAUCAGUGGACUCGCCGCUGCAUACUACAUCAAGAAGAAGCGGCCAGAGUUUGAUGUGCACGUGUUCGAGAAGGAUGAUGUCGUGGGUGGAAACAUCCAAACUGUGCAGGCUGUCCAGCCGUCCACGCCCGUGCGCAUCGAGACGGGGCCCCGCUCCCUGCGCACCUCCACCGCCUCUGCCCGCUUUGCGCUGCAGCUCAUCGACGAGCUAGGUCUCGGCCCGCAGCUGGAGUGGGCCAACCGUGCAACACGCGGCCGUAGGUUCGUGUUUGACGAAGACACCGCCGCCCUUGAGGAGCUGCCCACCUCCGUCUCGCAGAUCCUCGGCUUUGCGUAUCGCCACAGCCUCGUCCCCGCUGUGCUGCGGGACCUGACGCAGGCCCUGUUCCACAGGGACGAGGGCGUGGGCUACGACACGUGCGAAGCCUUCUUCACCAAGCACUUUUCCCGCCACCUCGCCACCCGCUUCCUCACCGCCCUCGUGCACGGCAUCUUCAGCGGCGAGGCCAACAAGCUCCUGCUGCGCUACGCCUUCCCCAGUAUGUGGCAGCUGGAGCAAGCGUACGGCUCCGUCGUGCUGGGUGCCAUCCUCGACCGCUUCCUCAAGCUCUCCGCCGCAUAUGAGACCCCAAUCAUGCCGCCCGCCCCGCAGGUGCCGGACCGCGUGGAGCGCUGGCUGCAGCGCGCCGCAAAGGAGCGCGUGGCCUCGCUCAAGGGCGGCCUGACCACGCUCACGUCCGCCCUGUGGGAACACGUCGUCGAGGCUGGCGUGCACAUGCACAUGGGCGCAGCCGUGGCUCGCAUGGCACGCAGCGCUGACACCGACAGCGACAACGACGGCCAUCACCAUGGUGCUGGCGAUGAUGGCGAUGAUGGCCGUGACGAUGGCGAUGAGAGUGGUGGUCGCGUUGGUGACGGGGCCAGCAGCGGUGGAACCGGGGUUGCGCUGUUGGAUGAGGACGGGGCGCCCAUGCUGGUUGACGUGGAUUGCGUCAUCUCCACGCUGCCGCCCGCAGAGCUGCACCAGUUGCUUGCAAGCAGUCUGCCGCACCUCUCGCUCACGGAGACGGCGCACCGCCGCGCCAUGGCCUGCGCCAACAAGCUCGCCCGCGUACGUAGCCUGUCCAUUGCCGUGGUCACGUUUGUGUUCCUGCGGUCCUCCUUCAAGGCCGUCGUGAAGGAAGGCGUUGAGCCUGGCUUUGGGUUCCUCAUGCCGCGCACACAGGCGCGUGGCCACCUCCUGGGCGUGGUGUACGACUCGUGCGUCUUUCCCGAAUUGGCAGGUGCAGAGCACGUGGUGCUGACGGCCAUGCUCGGCGGGGAGGGCCACAACCACCAGACCUUUGUGGAGACAUCAAGCGAGCAGGUGCUGCUGGAUGAGGCGUGGCAGUGCGUGCAGCAGCACCUUGGUGUCGCCGUCACCCCGUCUGCCUCGCGUCUCACGCGGUGGGUGCGUGCCAUCCCGCAGUUUGACCACCUGUACGCUGCAGCUCGCGCCGACAUGGAGGCGUGCGUGCAGGCACACCUGCCGUGGCUGUUUGUGGGCGGUAAGGCGUUUGGCUUUGGAGUCGGCGUGAAUGACUGCAUCGUCACAAGCGCAUCCAUCGCAAACCAAAUUGUCGACCUCCUCUCCUAG